AUGGCGAAACAAGCAACAGAGAAGCCUGUAAAACCAGACUUUGAUUCCGAUUCGGAUUCUAGCGAUGACGAUGACUAUGUUCCCGAUGAUAAGGCCGAUCUUCAGAGUGAAGGCGAUGAUGACAGCGACGACAGCGACAUCGAGCAAUCCUUCCACGACCCCGAGUCCGGAGCCCAAGAGGACAGUCAUACAACCACCCGCUCUGGAAAAUGUCGCGCUACCGACACCUCUUCAGAUCUCGCUUCCAAAAAGCACAAACUGAAUGACACAGACGCUGAUCAGGCACAGGCAUUAGCCAAGAAGAGCAAGCUGGAUGCGCUCUGGGCAGAAUUGAAUGCACCUGUUGCCAAACCAUCAUCGCGGCCGGAGAUCUUGACGUUGGGGUCUUCUGGACCUGGAUCAGCGAAAGCGGACUCUGGAAUGGCAACAAAGAUGGUGACCAUUACGACGACGUAUGAUUUUGCUGGAGAGGCCGUUACGGUGACCAAGGAUGUGCCCGAGGGCUCGAAGGAGGCGAAAGAAUUUGCGCUUAAGAACAAAGCUGUAACAGGUUCUUCAACGGAAUCUAUACCAACAACCUCAAAUAUAACAGCGGUAGCGAAUUCCAUACCUCUCACCACAUCCGGUCUCACCACAGAGCCGUCAUCAUCACCAUCAUCAUCACCAUCUAGUAAUAUUUCAUCAUCUAGCACGUCCACAAGUACAGCAGCAUCAUUAUCAUCGUCAUCAAUAGGCCCAGGUCCACGUGUGACGACCCGCCCCUCGAUUUUGGACUCGAUCGCUACAAAGAAGGGUCCUGUACGUUACAUCCGCAAGAAAUCCCAACUCGAUGAGCUGGCAGCGACGUACGGGGUCAAGAAACCAUCCAAGAUGAACACGUUAGAGAAAUCGAAGCUGGAUUGGAAGAAUUUCGUGGGCAAGGAAGGUAUCGAGGACGAAUUGAAGCAUCAUAACAAGGACGGAUACAUGGAGAAAGUUGCGUUCUUGCAGCGGACAGAUGAACGGCGUGAUAUGGAGUACCAGACUUUGAAGAAAAAGAGAUGA